AAACUGAUGGUAAAUGACGACGGAUCUGGACGCGAAAAAGAGAGAGGAAGGGACGAAGAACGAGCAGAAAGCAGACAGCAUUUGCCGACACCACUCACUCGUGUCCGAGUUUUCUUGACUCGGCGGCUCGGUGACGCAAACAACCCUGAAUAAAAAAGAUUGGAUCUUUGAUUUUGGGUUUGGUUUUUUCCCCGCACUAAAACCCCACCUACUGUUCUCUCGCUGUACACAGUGCUUCCUGUCGCCUUCAAUCGCGACUUUUUUGUCACCCCCUCUUUUCCGCUGGAUUUAUAAAUUCCAGGAUUAGGGCUUCGUGGCUUUUGCUGAGAUGAAUCAGCAACUGCAGCAGCCACCGCAGAGUCACAGCGGUGAAGGGGACGCUGAGACUGCGGAGGAAGAGGAGGUGCAGCCGCAGGAGACGGCUGAGUCAAAGGAUUCAGUCGCCGCCGAGGAGAAUUCGGCGGAGAAAUCGGCUGACGGCGGCGCGAGAGAGGACGAUCCCAUGGAGGUUGACUCAGUGAGUCCGGCCACCGUGUUCUGUGUUAGGCUCAAGCAGCCUAAUUCCAACUUGCUUCACAAGAUGAGCGUCCCAGAAUUAUGCCGUAACUUUAGUGCCGUUGCUUGGUGCGGGAAACUAAACGCUAUAGCUUGCGCUUCUGAAACCUGUGCAAGGAUUCCAAGCUCCAAUGCAAAUCCACCCUUUUGGAUCCCCAUACAUAUCUUGAUACCCGAACGUCCAACUGAGUGUGCAGUGUUCAAUGUAGUAGCGGAUUCUCCUCGUGAUUCCGUUCAAUUUAUCGAAUGGUCUCCCACUUCUUGUCCUCGUGCCUUACUCAUAGCUAAUUUUCAUGGUCGGAUAACUAUCUGGAUUCAGCCUUCUCAGGGACCAGCUAAUUUAGUGCGUGAUGCUACCUCCUGGCACUGUGAGCAUGAAUGGCGGCAGGACAUUGCUGUUGUCACAAAGUGGCUAGCAGGGGUUUCUCCGUAUCGGUGGCUGUCGUCUAAAUCAAGUUCUGCUACAAACUCAAAGUCAACUUUUGAGGAGAAGUUUCUCUCACAUAACUCUGAAAGUUCAGCUCGGUGGCCCAACUUCCUCUGCGUGUGUUCUGUUUUCUCAUCUGGCUCCGUUCAACUUCAUUGGUCUCAGUGGCCUUCUAACCAGGGAGGCACUCCCUCAAAGUGGUUUAGUACUAGUAAAGGUGUCUUAGGUGCGGGGCCUAGCGGGAUCAUGGCUGCAGAUGCCAUAAUAACUGACAAUGGGGCCAUGCAUGUGGCCGGGGUUCCAAUAGUGAACCCCUCUACAAUUGUAGUCUGGGAGGUGACUCCUGGUCCCGGAAAUGGAUUCCAAUCCACUCCAAAAGUCUCUACAGGCAGUCAUGUGCCACCAUCUCUUAGUUCCCCCAAUUGGACAGGUUUUGCACCAUUAGCUGCGUAUUUGUUCAGCUGGCAAGAAUACAUGAUAUCUGAAGCAAAGCAAGCAAGGAAACCGGCAGAUCAAGAUUCUAGCGACUUUAUAUCACUUAAUUGCUCCCCCGUUUCUAAUUUUUCUGCUUACGUAAGUCCUGAGGCUGCAGCUCAGUCUGCAGCAACCACUACGUGGGGUUCUGGAGUUACUGCUGUUGCCUUCGAUCCAACUCGUGGUGGUUCUGUCAUAGCUGUCGUUAUAGUUGAAGGUCAAUACAUGUCCCCAUAUGAUCCAGAUGAAGGCCCUUCAAUCACAGGAUGGAGAGUGCAGCGUUGGGAAUCAAGUGUUCAACCCGUUGUUUUGCAUCAGAUAUUUGGAAACCCAACAUCAAAUUCUGGUGGGCAGGAUCCCAUGCAAACUGUCUGGGUGUCCAGAGUGGAUUUGAGCAUACCGCCAACACAUGAUUUUAAGAGUCAACAAAUAGCUGCAGCAGGACCUAAUGAGGAUGCUCCAAAGGAAUCUGAUAGUACCGAUAACGGUGAUGACAAGUCCAGCAAGGUUAUUUUUGACCCUUUUGACCUGCCAAGUGAUAUUCGGACACUUGCACGGAUUGUGUUUUCUGCUCAUGGUGGUGAAAUUUCUAUUGCGUUUCUUCGGGGCGGUGUUCAUAUAUUUUCUGGCCCAACAUUUUCACCUGUCGAAAACUAUCAACUAAAUGUUGGAUCAGCAAUUGCUGCACCGGCCUUUUCUCCAACGAGCUGUUGCUCAGCUUCCGUCUGGCAUGAUACUGCCAAGGACUGUACAAUGCUGAAAAUUAUCCGCAUUCUUCCUCCUGCCCUUCCAAGUGGCCAAUCAAAGAUUAAUCAAUCAACCUGGGAGCGUGCUAUCGCAGAGAGGUUCUGGUGGAGUCUUUUGGUUGGAGUUGAUUGGUGGGAUGCAGUUGGCUGUACACAGAGUGCUGCAGAGGAUGGGAUCGUUUCGUUGAACAGUGUGAUUGCUGUCUUGGAUGCGGAUUUUCACUCACUACCUUCAACACAACACAGACAACAAUAUGGUCCUUGCCUAGACAGGAUAAAAUGCCGACUGCUUGAAGGAACCAAUGCUCAAGAGGUCCGUGCCAUGGUGUUAGAUAUGCAAGCAAGACUGUUGCUAGACAUGCUCGGGAAAGGAAUCGAAUCUGCUCUUGUGAAUCCUUCAGGAUUGGUUUCCGAGCCAUGGCAAGCGAAUGGGGAGACAUUAUCAGGCAUCGAUCCCGAGGCAAUGGCUGUCGAUCCUGUUCUUGUUUCCAGUAUUCAGGCUUAUGUGGAUGCUGUUCUUGAUCUAGCAUCUCAUUUCAUCACACGUUUGAGGCGUUAUGCGAGUUUCUGCCGGACACUGGCAAGCCAUGCUGUUUCUGCUGGAACUGGAAGUAGCCGCACUAUGGUUACCAGUCCGACACAAAAUGCCUCAUCUCCUGCGACAACUCAGGCGGCUCAAACUGGUGCUACGAACUCCAGCGGAAACACGCAAGUGCAAGCUUGGGUACAAGGUGCGAUUGCGAAAAUUAGUAGCUCAAAUGAUGGAGUGUCAAACGCUACUGCAACUGCAAUAGGGGGUCCAGCGACCUACAUGCCAAUAAGCAUCAACACUGGAACUUUUCCAGGAACACCUGCUGUUCGGCUCAUUGGGGACUCGCAUUUUCUUCAUCGGUUAUGCCAGCUGUUGUUCUUUUGUUAUUUCUUUCGCCGGGCACAGGUCCCACGGUUUCCACAGAGAAAUCCUGACAUCAGUACUCAAAAGCCUCAAACUGGAGUCGCAGGCAAGAUUGAAGAGGUAAAUUCUGUUAAGUCAACCUCUGUCCUGAGCAGGACAGAAGAAGCCCAGGGAAACAGAAGUUCCCAGUUGGGUACUGGAGUGAAAGGGGUUGACGAAAAUCCUGCUCCACGUACAAAAAUGGGUUCUGGGAAUGCCGGUCAAGGAUAUACUUUUGAGGAGGUGAGAGUUCUUUUCCUUAUAUUGAUGGACCUAUGCCGGCGAACAGCUAGUCUGGCACAUCCUUUACCUGUCUCUCAGGUAGGUAGUGGGAACAUCCAGGUGCGAUUGCACUAUAUUGAUGGAAAUUACACUGUAUUGCCUGAGGUGGUAGAAGCUGCUUUAGGACCGCAUAUGCAGAACAUGCCUCGUCCGAGAGGAGCUGAUGCUGCUGGUCUUCUACUUCGUGAGUUGGAGCUUCAUCCUCCGUCUGAAGAAUGGCAUAGACGAAACAUGUUUGGUGGGCCUUGGUCGGAUCCCGACGAUAUGAUCCCGACAGAUGAUACUUCCAAACAGUGUUAUUCCACUGAUCUUAUUGAUACAAGCUCUUCAGAAAUCCAUGAUGUCUAUGACAGAGUCCAAAGCCUAUGGCCAAGAAAGCGUCGGAUGUCUGAAAGAGAUGCAGCUUUUGGUCUGAACACUUCUGCGGGUUUGGGUGCGUAUCUUGGUAUUAUGGGAUCUCGGAGGGAUGUUAUCACAGCAACAUGGAAAACCGGUCUUGAAGGAGUUUGGUACAAGUGCAUAAGAUGCUUAAGGCAGACAUCAGCAUUUGCUUCACCAGGAAUAUCCAAUCAGUCAAACCAGAAUGAACGAGAGGCUUGGUGGAUCAGCCGUUGGGUCUAUUGCUGUCCCAUGUGCGGUGGAACAUGGGUUCGCGUGGUAUAGAAUGAACCAGAGGCAAAUGCUAAUCAGUUUUAACUAAUAACAGAAUUCGAGAAAGGCUGGAAACAGUAAGGAGACCUCUACUCAGCAUAUGCAUUUAGAAUAGCGAAAGUAUUCACCUUGUGGUUGCAACUUAUGUUGAUCUUGAUGGAACUGAAAGCAAGAUCAUCUACUAUGAUUGUUAGAAGUGAAAAAGGGGUGUGGAUUCAGAAGCUACACCCUGAAGCUUGGUUUCACUGGAAGCCCAUUCUGGCUUUUGUUCUAUUUAGUCUCGUGUCUGGUUCAUGGAUGAAGGGAUUCUUUUGUUGAAACAUGAAACUUUUAACCCCUUGUAUAGAAAUGUAGACAGUGACCCAGUUCGAGAAUUGCAUCGGACACUUGGUGUUUGGGUUU